UCUGGCAAGUCUGGAAGGAGAACCACAAAAAGAGUAUGCCACUCUCGACGAGGAACAGUUCCGACAAGAAGUCUUCCUCGGCAAUCUCGAGUUUAUCUUUCGACAUAAUAAAAUGUUCUACAGUGGUCUGGAAACGUAUAAAGUUCGAGUGAAUGCCUUCAGUGACCUCACACCGCGUGAAUUUGCCGCUACAUAUCUCUGUCUGCAGAGCACGCCUGAAAGCAAGCCGAGCAGUCGGGUGGCCACGUUCAUCCCCGUUGCUGGGAGACUGCCGGACAGCGUUGAUUGGCGUGAGAGGGGCGCGGUCACGCCAGUGAAAGAUCAAGGGCGAUGUGGAUCCUGUUGGGCCUUCUCUGCAACCGGUGCCAUUGAGGGUGCAGUUCAGAUAAAGACCCAGAAAUUACUCAGCCUCUCAGAACAACAACUUGUCGACUGCAGUUGGGAGCAGGGUAAUCACGGUUGCAACGGUGGUCGUGUGAAUCAGGCUUUUGCCUACGUACGAGACUAUGGAAUCGAAUCCGAAGAGAAAUAUAACUACACGGCAAAGGUAAGUCUCGCGUUAUUAGUAACGCGACUUUAUAAGUUAUUUAUGAUGUGGAUGUUUAUGGCUGAACAUGGACUCCACUAA